ACUAAAAAUAUCGCACAACAAUGGGUCGCGGUCCUAAGAAGCACAUGAAGCGUUUGAACGCCCCCAAGCACUGGAUGUUGGACAAGCUUUUGGGUUCUUAUGCCCCUAAGCCCAGCUCUGGUCCUCACAAGACCCGCGAGUGCUUGCCUCUCAUUGUCUUCAUCCGUAACAGACUGAAGUACGCCUUGAACGGUCGCGAGGUUCAGUCCAUCUUGAUGCAGCGUCUCGUCAAGGUCGAUGGUAAGGUCCGCACUGAUUCUACCUUCCCCGCCGGUUUCAUGGAUGUCAUCUCCAUCGAGAAGACAGGCGAGAACUUCCGUCUCGUAUACGAUGUCAAGGGUCGCUUCGCUAUCCACCGCAUCACCGAGGAGGAAGCUAAGUACAAGCUCUGCAAGAUCAAGAAGGUUCUUGUUGGUGCUAAGGGUAUCCCAUACGUCGUAACCCACGAUGGUCGCACUAUCCGUUACCCUGACCCCUCCAUCAAGGCCAACGAUACCGUCCGCUUCAACAUCGAGGAAAACAAGAUCGCUGACUUUGUCAAGUUCGAGACCGGUAACGUCGUCUUGGUAACUGGUGGUCGUAACAUUGGUCGUGCUGGUGUCAUCGUUCACCGUGAGCGUCACGUUGGUGGUUUCGAAAUCGUCCACAUCAAGGACUCCCUUGACCGUGUCUUCGCUACCCGUAUCUCCAACGUCUUCGUUAUUGGUCAGGGUGCCAAGCCCUGGAUCUCCCUCCCCAAGGGUAAGGGUAUCAAGCUCACCAUCACUGAGGAACGUGAUCGUCGCAGAGCUGCUGCUGCUGCUGCCAACUAAAUUCGUAGAAAGAAAUUUCUUUCCCUUUAAAUGUUGACAAAAUAAAGCACACUUUUUUUCUAAAUAGUUUUCAACUUACAUCGAAAUAUAAGUAUAUAUAUAUAUAUAUAUUGUUGUCUUAAGUGAUAUAAUUCUACAAGUUUUAUAUUUCUUUUUAUUUUGGAGUCGUUUAAAGGAUUAUAAUCACUAAUCACUUGUCAAAAAUUUAAGAUGAGCUUGUUUUGGAGUUUUUCUUUUUAUUUGGCGUCUUUGUGUUUUUGUGUGUGUAUGUAAUUGGCUUACGACUAAAAAUAAAACAAUGAUGUUCCUCAGCAUUAACGUUCUGGAAAAACCUU